AGCCACAAAUUGCCAUUUGCGUUUUAAUUUUUGCCGCCUGAAAUUUUACUGCCUUUAACAAUGUCUUUGGACGAAUUAAAGCAACAGCGCGCAAAUACUAAGAAAAACAUCACGCGCAUCAAGAACAUUGUGGAUGCUAGUUUACGUCCAGGAGGUAAAACUCUCUCAGCUGCCGAAUAUAAAUGUCGUUUGGGCAUUUUUGAAUCUUACUUUAAACAGGUACUGUCCAUUCAGACGGAUAUAGAAAAAUUGGAUCCCGACGAUGGAGGACGCGCGGACCUUGAGGAAUUGUACGUCACUACAAAAUUAACGAUUCAAGCACAGCUAGUGGAGGAUCAUAAUAUUUCGCUUCCGGAAACAAGCUGCAUUGUGCAGCACAGCACUAAAUUACCAAAGCUCAAACUCCCAACGUUUAGCGGCAAGUAUUCUGAGUACCAGAAUUUUAUUACAUCCUUUAAACAGAUAAUUGAUAAAGAAUUUAGUCUUUCAAACAUCGAGAAAUUUAAUCAUUUGCGAAACUCGCUUCAAGGUCAAGCUUUAGAAACCGUCGAUGCAUUCCAGGUGACCAAUGAAAAUUACCCUAAAGCAUUGGAACGGCUGAAAGAAAGCGGUUUCGAAACCAAACGCACUACAAUUGAGAAGUCUUAUCGACAAGACUUCUGCCAUUUACGGUUCACUUCUCUCGUUGGGUAA